AUGGCGGAUUCAGCAGCUGCAAUUCUACCCGUCGGCGCUGGCUACGGCGUCGUCGUGGGCAUUGGGUUCUUCUUUGCUUUCUUGAUGAUGGGAAUCUCGUGGAUACAGAAUCGUUACACACCGUAUUCGACGAAACAAUCGGAGGAGUUCAACACAGCAUCGCGUUCAGUGAAGCCAGGUCUCAUAGCGUCUGGUAUCGUCUCAGCAUGGACGUGGGCUGCGACGCUUCUGCAGUCAAGCACCGUCGCGUAUACAUAUGGUGUCGCCGGGCCCUUCUGGUACGCAGCUGGUGCCACGGUUCAGAUCCUGUUGUUCUCCAUCUUGGCGUGUAAAGUCAAACAGAACGCUCCACGAUGCCACACCUAUCUCGAGAUUAUCAACGCACGAUAUGGUCGCGUAGCACACUUGGUCUUCAUGGUCUUCGCCUUCAUCACGAACAUUCUAGUCGGCAGUCAAUUGCUUUUGGGGGGAAGUGCAGUAGUCACAGCAUUGACAGGCAUGAAUGUUUACGCAGCCAUCUUUCUAAUCCCAGUUGGCGUUUGCGCCUACGUUAUAUUGGGCGGCCUCCGUGCAACGUUCCUUUGCGACUACUCCCACACGCUCAUCCUCAUGAUCAUCAUCCUUUACUUUAUGUUCGAUGCAUACGCCACAAACUCGCUCAUAGGGUCGCCCUCCGCAAUGUACGACCUGCUACGGAAAGCCGCCGUGCAAAGACCCAUCGACGGCAACCAAGACGGCUCGUACGUGACGCUCAAGUCGAAUUUCGGACUCAUCUUCGGAGUCAUCCAGCUCUGCUCCGGCUCCGGAACAGUCUUCCUCGACCAGGCGUACUGGCAGCGCGCCAUCGCCUCGCAGCCUUCGACCGCUGUCAAGGCAUACAUUCUCGGCGGCAUCGCGUGGUUCGCGAUACCCUUCGGGUUCUCGACGACACUGGGACUCGCUGCAGCAGCGCUGACGGACAAUCCCGCCUUCCCUACGUACCCCAAUGUACCCAGUGCGCACGAGAUCUCAUCGGGUCUUGCGGCACCAUAUGCGGCGAUUGCACUGCUUGGGAAGAGCGGUGCUGCUGCGCUUCUGGUAGUGCUGUUCAUGGCAGUCACCUCAUGCGCUUCAGCAGAGCUCAUCGCUGUGUCGAGUCUACUGACAUUUGACGUGUACAAGGCGUAUAUCCAGCCCAACGCAACGCCCCAGCAACUUAUCUUCGUAUCGCACAUCAUGAUUUGCGUAUUCGGUGUGAUCAUGGCUGUUUUCGCGUGCAUUUGGAACGUAGCUAGCAUCGACCUGGGGUGGCUAUUCCUUGUCAUGGGGAUCCUGAUCGGCGGCGCCGUCUUCCCCACAGCUUUCGCCAUUGUCUGGAAGAAGCAAACCCGCCUGGGUGCCAUAUCUGGCUGCAUUGUUGGUCUCGCAGCCGGCCUCAUCGCAUGGUUCACCACAGCCUAUCAGUACUACGGCGAGAUCACUGUCGCCUCGACAGGAACAGAAUAUGCCACGCUAGCAGGGUGCCUCGCCAGCAUUAUGACAGGCCUUAUUGUAACUGUCGCCAUCACGUACAUCAAGCCCGACAAUUUCGACUGGGAAAUCACGCGCGCCAUCAACGCCGUACCGACAAUUCAGGGCGUGGGACAAGAGGUCCAUGAUUCACCGCGCUGCACGACAGACGGAGAGAAGCCCAGCCAGACAUCACCGAACUGCAAAUCCUCUACACCCUCCCUGCCCAACGAGCUCGAAACCGAGACCGCUGUGCCAAUGUCAAGUCCUCAGGAAGACUCUCCAUCCUCAUUGCGCAGCGCUUUCAAGCUCGCCUGCAUCUCCUCCUUCCUGCUGACCUUCGUCCUGGACUUUCUCCUUCCGAUGCCCAUGUUCUUCAGCCAUUACAUCUUCAGCAAAGGAUUUUUCACUGCGUGGGUGAUAAUCAGCUUCAUUUGGGUGUUUGUGAGCAGUGCGAUUAGUUGCUUCCUGCCGCUCUGGGAGACGCGGACGUUCUGGGGAAAGUUGUGGAGGGACGUGAGGAGUGGGCAGAGGAGUGGUUGAUUUAG